AUGGACGAGGCGACAGAGCUCCAGGCGGUGCUGCAGGCCCUGGCGGUCGCCGUUGAUUGGCGGACGGAUCAGGCGUCUCGUGCUGGGGCCACGGAAUUCCUCGAAAAGCUCAAGACAGAGGAGGAGCCGCACCGUCAGGCGUCGCUAGCAGCUCACCUGGUGAACGGCGAUCAGCCCGAGCAUGCCCGCCUCUUCGCCUUCCAGCUAUUGCAGAACGUGGCGCGCAACAAGUGGCAGCAGUUCCCUGCGGACGAGAGGCGCAAGCUAGCAGUGUACGCGUUUGACCUGCUCAGGCGCUGCGCCGACACUGCCGGGGAGCCCUGGUCCAUCCGCAGCAAGGCUGCCGCUCUGCUGGCUGAUAUUGUCAAGCAUGAGGGGUCGGACCUGUGGAAGGAGAUGCUGCCGUCACUUCUUGCCCUCUCUGCUGCCAGCCCUGUUCAUGCAGAGACGGUGGCUCUUGUGUUGCAGUUUGUGCCAGAAGACGUGACAGUCCAUAACGAGGAUAUAGAAGGCAACAGGAGGCGUCAGCUGCUGCUUGGACUCACAGCCACCCUGCCGCAGAUCCUCCCCUUCCUCUACUCGCUUCUGGACUCCAACUUUGCAGCAGCGCUGGCAGACAUGCAGCAGAGCAACGUGGAUGCGGCAAGGCAGCAUGCAGCAGCCGUGACAGCGGGCCUGGCAGCGCUGGGGGCGUAUGCCGAGUGGGCGCCUGUGCCUGCGAUUGCAUCCGCUGGAUUACUAAAUGCCUGCGGUUUCCUCCUUGGCUCGCCUGAUUUCCGAAUGGGAGCAGCAGACUUUUUCAAGCACCUAGCGGCGAGGCGAGCCCCUUCAGACGACCAGGAGGCAUUCAACGCCGCCAUGACAUCAGUAGCUGAUUCCCUCGUCUCUGCAGCCGACGCCUCUCUCGAUCGCAUCACUACCACAACAGGUUCCGCCCCUGCUUCCUCUCCAAGGGAAGCAGGAGGGCAGGCAGGGGGGAUGGCAGCAGGGCGGGGAGCGAGGGGAGGAGGGGGGGCGGGGGAGGUGGAUGAGGGGGAGGUGCAGUUUGCAGAGCGGCUGUGUGAGGCGAUGGUGGCGUUUGCGCCGUCUAAUCUGAAGAGAGCUGCUCAGCAGGAUGAUUCCAGAUACGCCAAGUUCUUCCACACUAUGCUUCGUUUCUUUGAGAGCAAAUGCUUCUCAUUGCAUGCCCUGGCGCUGCAACUCUGGCUGGUGUUACUGAGGGAGUCGGCGCAGAGCAUAAGUGGAGCCAAGGACAAGCGCGCAGCAGUGAUUCUCGUGCCGCCCGAUUUCUGCCUGAGGCUGCUGGACGUGGUGGCUGACCAUCUGCCCAGACGCCCAGGCGAAGGGGAAGAAGGGGAGGAGGAUGGGGAGGGGUGGCAGGAGGAGUUUAUCAACAGUGGGGACUACGCCCAGUACAGAAGCCGACUGAUGGACGUGAUUCGUUUGGUGACACAGCAGCAGCCGCUCAUAGCAGCAUCCAAGGUGGCCUCUCGCAUUGAAGCUGCUGUUGCUGCUGCCACCUCUGCUCCCCCGCCCCCCAAGGUUGUAGCAGUGUUGGAGGGAGCACGAAUGCUAGAAGAUGCGGUGAUGACUGCUGUGCCCGAUGCUGUCAUGGCAGCAGCUGCUGCUCACUCCACUAACCCUGCCAUUCUCGCCGACGACCUUGGGUUGAUUGUAGAGGGAGUGUUGCAGCGCCUGCUGUGUGUGCAGUGGCACGACCCCGUGUUGAUAGAGCUGCACGCCCACCUGCUGGACGCGCUGGGUCCCUUCCUCAAGCACUCCCCGCCUGCUGCCGCCCUCGUCAUUCCCAAGCUCUUUGAACUCCUCAGCUCCCUGCCACCCACUCCCCUGGGAGUGGAGCCCAUGCUCCGGCCAGAGCGCAAUGAGGACCGUCUGCCUCGCCUGCAAGUAUGCACGUCCAUCCUGAGAGUGGCACGCUCUGCUGACGUGGCGCUUGUACCGAUGCUCAAGGCGAUGGUGGAUAAGGUGAUGGGCAUUCGGCAGCAGCAGCAGGCAGCAGUGCAGCGUGUGCAGCAGAACCAGUCAGGCGCGGUGCUGCAUGGAGAGAUCAUUCUGCUCGCUGAGGCGCUGUUGUUCGUGGCUGCUGCUGCAGGCUCCCAACUGCCCCCCCUCCCCAGCAGCGCAGCGGGAGUGAAGAAGCAGCUGUGGUGGAGUGGCUGCUCGCGCCCAUCCGCGCCGACUGGAUUGGACUCAGACAACUCGAAAUCCCCUCCCCCCCCCUCUCCCCCACACUCCUCCACACUCCCCCUCCCCCCCACACUCCCCCUCUCCCCCACACUCCCCCUCUCCCCCACACUUCCCCACACUCCCCCACACUCCCCCACACUCCCCCACACUCCCCCACACUCCCCCACUCCCCACCAGCGCAGCCCCAGUGAAGAAGCAGCAGUAGUCGAGUGGCUGCUCGCGCCCAUCCGCGUCCAAUGGGCGGACGCCACGUGGCAGGCGCGCUACCUCUCCUCCCCGGCAGCCCUGGCUGCAUUGCUGCUCCACGCCCCCAGCUCUGGCUCCCAGGAGGAGGCGGAUUUCUGGAGCGUCUACCACACCACCAUGCUGCUGGAACGAAUCAUGCGCCGCGCUGCUGCUGGCGGAGGGGGAGGGGGAGGAGGGGGAGCAGGGGGAGGGGGGGUUGGGGGUGUGGCGGCGACGCCGCCGCCUUCCCCUGGGGUUGUGGGGGUGGCGGACGGGGUUGCGGGGGAGAGAGGGGUGAGUGGAGGGGGAGGGGGAGGGGCAGUGCACUCUGCUGCACUGCCUGCACGCCCUCUGUCACCCCAGAUGCUCGCCUCCCUUCCCCCCGCACUCGCCCCAUCGCUGCUGGUGGGGCAGCAGGAGAAGGCAGCAGUGCUGGGGCAGGCAGGCAUGUCAGGCAAGCAGGAGGGCUUGCUGCACUGCCUGCACGCCCUCUGGUCACCCCAGGUGCUCGCCUCCCUUCCCCCCGCACUCGCCCCAGCGCUGCUGGUGGGGCAGCAGGAGAAGGCAGCAGUGCUGGGGCAGGCAGGCGUGUCAGGCAAGCAGGAGGGCGUGCCGCUGCUGCUGGGGGGGAGUGCGGGAGGAGGGGGGGCGUGGGGAGGCGCAGGGGGAGGGGGAGGAGGAGGGAUGGGGGGAGGAGCAGGGGAGAGGCAGCGGGAGGCUGCUGCUUUGGGUUCGGUUUCACCCCAGCAGCAGCAGUUCGUGCUGGAGGUUCGGGCCGCACUGGCCGAUUCCGUGGCUAGCAUGGAGGCUCGGCACCUGCGUCUGCUGCAGAAGCUCGUCCUUCUCCCAUUGGUCAAAGCCUGUCCGCCGAGCCUCUGGCCACUGUGGCUCGGCACGCUCCUGCCACCAAUCGUUCUUCACUGCGACCAAUGGCUGACUGCCACGUGGCAGAGAUUCCUGCAAGAAGGCUUGUGUGGGGGAGGAGGGGGAGGGGAAGCAGCAGGGGGAAAAACAACUGCUGCUGCUGCUUCUGGUGGUGGUGAGAGUGAGAAGGAGAAGAGAGGAGGGUUAAAGGAUGAGCUGUUUAAUGAGAAGAUCCUAAGGGACCUCACAAGGGAGACCUGCGGUCUACUUGCUCUCUUCCCUGUCUUGCCUCAGUCAUCCUCGUUACAAGCUGCCUCGAUUCAAGCCACGGCUUCUGCGCUCAUGGCUGGUGUCACUGGUGGUGGUGGCAUUGCGGGUGGUGCUGCUGCUGGUGCUGCUGGUGCUGCUGGUGCUGGUGGUGAUGAGAGGAUGGACAUGCAUUCGGUGGCAACCGCAGCUAACAGCUUGUUGCACUUCCUGCUACAGCACCACCCAGAGGCAGCAGCAGCGUGUAUUCGAGUGGCAAUGGCAGCAAUGGACUGGCCCGACAGCGAUGCCUCAAUAACCCUCGUAACCCACCUCUACCGUUCUAACCCCCUUUCUCCACACAGCUUCCUGCUACAGCACCACCCAGAGGCAGCAGCAGCGUGUAUUCGAGUGACAAUGGCAGCAAUGGACUGGCCCGACAGCGAUGCUUCUCACAAGGCGGUCCUCUGCAACUCAGGCCUUGUGCACAUGCCGGAGCUGCUCGCCGAGCCUGCCGCCCCGGCUUCCGAGCCUCCCGCGCAGCUUCGAGAAAUGGUCGGCCGGACCAUGUUCGCAGCUGCGGUGCAGGCGUUGACGUUGGAGUGCUCCUUUCUCUCUCCAUUCCACCAGAGGCCCUCGCUUCCUUCGAAACUGCCCUAA